AUGACCGAAAUCGAACUUGGUAUCACCGCUGACAUGCAUGUCCAUCUUCGUGAUGGUAAAAUGAUGGAUCUCAUUACUCCCACUGUCAGGGAAGGUGGUGUGUCCAUCGCAUAUGUGAUGCCCAACUUGGUUCCUCCCAUCACCACCAUUGAUCGUGUGGUCCAGUACAAGAAUGAUCUCCAGAAACUUUCACCAAAAACGACUUUCUUGAUGAGUUUUUACUUGUGCAAAGACUUGACGCCCGAGCUUAUCAAUGAGGCGGCUAAGAUUGGUGCAAUCCAUGGUGUCAAAUGCUACCCAGCUGGUGUCACCACCAACUCCUCUGCUGGUGUUGACCCCAACGACUUCUCGAGUUUUUACCCAAUCUUCAAGGCCCUUGAGGAAAACAACCUUGUUCUUAACUUGCAUGGCGAGAAGCCACCUUCCAAGGACGAAGACAUCCAUGUCUUGAACGCAGAGCCCCAAUUCAUGCCUGCUCUCCUCAAGUUGCACCGUGAUUUCCCCAACUUGAAGAUUAUUUUGGAGCACUGUACAACAGAGAGCGCCAUCAACACAAUCCGUCAAAUUCACAAGGAGAACCCUGCGUCGAAGGUCGCAGCUACCAUCACUGCCCACCAUCUCUCCUUAACUAUCGACGCAUGGGCAGGAAACCCAAUUAAUUUCUGUAAACCUGUUGCCAAGUUGCCUGCUGAUAUGAGAGCCUUGGUUGAGGCCGCCACCUCUGGCGAGAAAUACUUUUUCUUUGGUUCGGAUUCGGCUCCCCACCCUAUCGAGAACAAGGCUAAGCACACUGGCGUCUGCGCAGGCGUUUACACGCAAAGCAACGCCAUUGCCUAUGUUGCGGAGGUUUUCGAGGCGGCUGGAAAGCUCGAAAAUUUACGUAAAUUUGUUUCUGAAAAUGGACGGGAGUUUUAUCAGAUCAAGGAUGAAGACUUGGUGAGUCAAGAUAAGGCGGUGCUUGUUCGUCGCGAUAACGCUGUACCGCAGGUAAUUGGCAACGACAAAUUAGAAGUUGUGCCCUUCAAGGCGGGAGACACUUUGAAAUACGCUGUUGAGUGGAGAUAG